UUCAAAACACCACCAUCAACCAUUGCAGAGACUUUACUAUUCCUUCUUCUACUAUUUCCUACGUGUCAUCAAGGACCUCACUGACGUUGAAUUUCCUCUCAGAACAACGCUCACACAGAGAAAGAGGGUCAGAGAGAGAGAGAGAGAGAGAAUAUUAGAAAAUUAGGGUUUUUCCUCGAUGAAUUCUUAGUUUUUUCGAGACGCAUUUCCUCAAAAUUCAUCAACACCUUGAUCAAAAUUCUCUCUCUCUCUCUCUCUCUCUGGUUCGCAAUUCAAUGUCGGAUCACUCUGACUCAUCGCCUCUCGUCGCUCCGUCGCCGAUCACCGACCCCAGCGAGAUCGACCUCGAGGCCGGCCCCGGCGAACAAAUUCAAUGCAGAAUUUGCCUCGAAACCGAUGGUAGGGAUUUUAUAGCUCCUUGCAAGUGCAAAGGAACAUCGAAGUAUGUACACCGGGAAUGUUUGGAUCAUUGGCGAGCCGUAAGGGAAGGGUUUGCUUUUGCUCAUUGCACAACCUGCAAGGCCCCUUACCAUCUGAGAGUUCAUGUUGCUGCUGAUAGGAAAUGGCGAACCUUGAAAUUUCGAUUCUUUGUGACUAGAGAUAUCAUAUUUAUAUUUCUGGCCGUUCAGUUUGUGAUUUCUUUACUGGCGUACUUGGUGUAUUUGAUUGAUACUUACAAGCAAUCCUGGCUUCGUCAUGCAUGGGGUUUCGACAGUGAGCUUAGUUUCUAUUACAUAUGUGGUGCUCUAUUGUUUUUUGCGCUGCUUGGGCUGUCUGGGUGCUUCAUUACUUGUUAUGAUCGAAGGGUGCGGAAUGAUUUGGCUCAGCCUUGUCGAGAAUUAUGUCUUUGUUGCUGUCAUCCUGGAGUCUGUGCAGACUGUCACCUACCUGGUACUCUCUGUAUGUGGACUGACUGCACCACAUGCUUUGAAGGUUGUGCCAGUAUGGCAGGUGAAUGUGGUUGCUUAGGAGGCGCUGGUGAAGCAGGAUUACCUUUAUUAUUUAUAAUGGCUUUGAUUGUUCUGGGACUUUUUACAGUGAUUGGGAUAUUCUAUAGUGUGUUGGUGGCUACAAUGGUUGGACAAAGAAUUUGGCAGCGGCACUAUCACAUUCUUGCGAAAAGGAUGCUAACAAAGGAAUAUGUGGUCGAGGAUGUUGAUGGUGAGAUGACAGGAUCUGACUGGGCUCCCCCGGCUCUUCCGCCUGAGCAUGUUCAGCAACUAAAAACUCUUGGCCUCCUAUGAAUUCAAAUGGUGUAUGUAUAUCACUUUCAAAAGAAUUACAAGAUCUAGAAAUGGGCCGACUCUCUAAUACAGUAAAUUGGUCCUAACUAUGGGCUUGCUAGUUGCUAAGUCUUUUUCGGCUUAGUCAACAAAAGUGUGCAUCUCAAAGGCACUCCUUGGUGUAGUCAUAUGUAAUACUAUGUAUAACUGUGAAUGAUAAUAUUUGAAAAAGAGCCUGAUGUUCUUAUUGUUACUUUCACUUAAGUGUAAGAAAACAAGUACAGGAUACCUCUAAUGACUAACGAAAGGUAUUUUAAUGAUA